AUGUUUCUGUUGUCUCUGUGGGUGUGCGCUCGGUUCUGGACUAGAAAGCUAUCUCGUCCAUGUUUGAAUUUCUGCACCGAGGGCGUGUCUGUCGUCGACCCUAUGUUGCAUAGCUAUAUUCCCUCCCGGGAGGCUGUCACCUCUGCGACCGAGGCCCUACAAUGGGGCCAAACGCCAGCUGGCGGAGAAAUGCAACCGGAACCUGUCUUCGCAUGGGGCGAUGUAGAUUCCUCAUGGGGUCACGCUGACAAUGGGUGUCAGAGCGGCGGAGAAAAUCAACUCAUCUCACUUGAUUCCCAAGAAGAGGUGUCUCCCGUCCUUCUGUUUCCGGAGCCCGAACGCAACAGUGGACAGUUGCGAGGAGAAGAUUGGCAGGUGUUCUUAGCGUGGCGCGGCGAGGAAAAUAUGAAAAGAGAGGAGAAAGAGACUCCAGCCCAACGGCAGUCACGUCUGAGCCGCGCGACAUCGGCGGGUAACCAGGAUUACCCUACCAAGAAGACCACGGUGUUCGAAUGGCAGCCCCAAGAGGAGUAUGACGGCUUUCGUCUACGCAUCCGCAUCACAAAGAACGAUAUUCCCUCGGUGUGGAGGGAAUACAGUGCAACUACAAGGACAUAUGACUCGUUUCAUAACAAGUGGGACUUGUGUGAUGAGUUGGAUCCCACCAGCAUUCCUGGUGGCGACUGGGAAGAUGAAAUUUUCGCUCCUCCCGCUCCUCCCACUCUACCUCCGGCACCGCCUCAACCUCCAUCACGGACCAGUUUCUUGCAGGACAUCAAUCAAUACUUCAGUCAUCAUGAGGUUGCAUCCUCAUCGAAGCUCAAUCAUGGCAUUGAGCAUUUUGUUUCAACGUUACAUUUCCGUCUUGGAUUCCAACUCGCAGCAUCGACCUCUACGCCCCGAGGUAGAUCGGCCACGUUUGAAUCUUGGAUCCGCAAGACGGAGUGGCUUCACCUAUGCAGACUCGUCGGCGAUGUAGGCGCAGAUGUCGCAACCAUUCCGGACGCACAGAAGGAGAUCAUCACUUGUUUCAUAGGUUACCUGGUCAUGUUACCGGCAUCUGGGUUAUCUGAAAUGCCAGCUGAUCUCUGGGACUUAGGACCCGAUCCUUCCCUAGCAGUCUCAAAUGCGCACAUUCGAGUUUCAAACGUGCAACUUCCCAAGCAACUGCUCUAUGUAAUAGAGCCAAGUCUAUCAGCAAGUCUGGUCAUCUGGAAACUCGUCGUCGCUGACGCUGCCACUGCUGUGAUGUGCCUCCGGCAUGACUGGGGGUCUGACAUCACGAAGAUCGCGCUCAAUCUCCUCCAAAAAGGAAUCGCUUUCAAGACAUUGCAAGCCAUGGCAGUCGCGCCUGACGCACGUCGCCCACUUAUGGAACUUCGUUUAUACUCGCCGACCUACACACGCCCCCCUUGCAAGGCUGUUUACGCGGAUUACGUCGUAUAUGAACAACAUCGCCACAAAUUCAUGAAUCAGCCUCGUGCAAGAGCUGCACUUCUUCAUGGCGGGCUCAUAUGGAGGCUGGCUCUGCAUAGCUUUGGUUUUGAUAAUCUCCCCUCCGUUCUCGAAGGAAUUUUAUGGGAAGCUGUACCAUUUGGUCUCAUGUUGCUCAUCAAUGACCAGACUUACUUCGAUGAUGAGUUGUCAGAGGAGGAGGUCUCUUGGUGGCCUAGACCCCAGGCCUGGGCUGCCUCAGGGUUGAACGUGGGGUUCUGGUCCACGCGAUGCGAAGAGUGGUUCCAGAAACGCCUUGGCAACAUUCGAGAGGGUGUCUCCAGAAUCCGCAAUACACGCGUCAACGACGAUAACGGUCCAAUGACCGCCACACAGUGGAAACAUUCGCUCAAGUUUAAUCCGGGCACCAACAAAAUGAUGAAGAACGUUGACGCGGCGUGUUCUCAAUUCCUCGCCGACAACGCAACUGGUGAGAAUGAUUUUGUUGAUGUUACUUUUUUUGCAGAGUUUUAA